UCUCAAAGGUACAGUGUCAAUUGCACACAUCGCUUGAAGCCACAAUGAAGACUCUCGCAGCUCUUCUUCUCAUCAGCGCCUUUGCAGCCUUUGUCUCUGCUAAUGAAGCUGAGUUUCAUAAGGCCGUGAUUGAUUUCUUAGACGAACGCCAUGACGAGCACAUGAAACAGCUUCUGAGAGACCAGGGCUUCCCAGAAGAUACUCAGGAGUUGGUUUCCCCCGAUAAGCGAAAAGCACCAUUGUGGGCGGUAGUUUGCGUUGUCAAAGGAAAGAUAUGCUGGAAGCUGGCUGGCAGCGAUGCCUGUAAAAAGCUAGCGUGCAUUGAUAAUUUCUUCAAGUGCGUUGUUAACAACCACCCCACCCCUCUUCCUACUAUGACUCCUUUAGAGAAACUCUGUACAGGCCUGCUUUAUGUGUGCAGGAAAGGUAGACCUGCCUGUGCCGGUCAACUGUGCUGCUUCGUUCGCAUCAAGAGAUGCUUUGCUCUCAAGCCGACGCCGACGCCUGGGGAAUAAGCCCUCGAAGAAAUGCCACGCUGUUACCAUGACAACAAAUAGUACGACAUCGACUGCGCAAUCAGGCUCAAAAAGAUUUUCUUCACAUCAUAUAUAUUAAUGUAUCAUGCAGGACAUGGUAUUCAAUAAAAAAGAUAAUGCCUGGGA